UCCUACUCCGACCUUCUCCAAGUGCAAGUGAAAGAAAUUUCCCGAAGAUACACUCCCCGAUGCAGUCUAAGUUUCAGAGAACUGACUGUCUCUUGAAGCAGAGGGGGAGGAAAAGAAAACAGGAUGCGAAUGCGUGAACAGUGGCUAUUUCUCAACACAUGUACACACCCUGCUAAAAGGAAGGUGGAAAAUGCUUUCGGUUUCAUACCACCGAGGCUGACAGCAAAAAGCCAUGGCCGACAAGGAUCUGAAGGGCAAGAGGAAGCAGUUCAUCAACUCAGUCGGCAUGGGGACGGUCAACGGCUUGCUGGAUGAACUCUUUGAGAAAAACGUGCUGAACCAGGAGGAGAUGGAGAGAGUAAAAUGUGAAAACGCUACCGUUAUGGAUAAGGCCCGAGCUCUGAUCGACAGCGUCCUGCGAAAAGGGCCACGGGCGUGCCAGAUCUUUAUCUGUCACAUCUGUGAGGAAGACACCCACCUUGCAGAGACGCUGGGGCUCUCCUCAAGCCCACAAUCUGGAAAUUCUCAGAACACCACGGACUCUGAAGUAGCGUUUCCUCCUCUUCCAGAGGACAAACACGACAAAAACCCAUUUAAGAUUUUGGAAUCUGUGGGCAAAGAGCUCCUUACUGGCGUUUUGCAAGACUUGGUGGAGAAAGAUGUCCUGAAAUUGGAGGAAGCAGAAAAGAAAAAAUUUCAUGAUGCCAAACCUGGAGACAAGCCCCGGGUCUUUCUGAACUCAGUGCGUCAGAAACCCAAGGAGGCAGGUCAAGCCAUUGUCCAAACUUUCCUUAAUACGGACAAGCAUUCUACCAGUUUAGAAGCUAGCGUGAAUAACAUGCCUGGGCCGGCUGAGCCAGAAGAAUCUGUAGAUGCUCUCAAGCUUUGUCCCCGUGAAAACUUCGUGAAACUGUGUAAACAGAGGGCUGAAGAGAUCUACCCAAUAAAGGAGAGAAAGGAUCGUACUCGUCUGGCUCUCAUCAUAUGCAAUACGACGUUCGAUCAUCUUUCUCUCAGGAAGGGGGCUGACCUUGACGUUGCAGGGAUGAGGAGGCUGCUUACAGACCUUGGCUACAGUGUGCACAUAAAAGAGGAACUCACUGCUAAGGACAUGGAAUCAGAGCUGAGGGCAUUUGCUGCCCGUCCAGAGCACAAGUCCUCGGACAGCACAUUCCUGGUGUUCAUGUCUCAUGGCAUCCUGAGUGGAAUCUGUGGGACGAAGUACAGCGCUGAAGGAGACCCAGAUGUAUUGGCUUAUGACACCAUCUUCCAGAUUUUCAACAACCGCAACUGCCUUAGUCUAAAGGACAAGCCCAAGGUCAUCAUCGUCCAGGCCUGCAGAGGUGAAAAUUUGGGGGAACUGUUGAUCAGUGACUCUCCAGCGGCCCCAAUGGACAGCACUUCACAGAUGGGUAGCCGCCUUUCACAGGUGGGUGACAACCUAGAGGACGACGCCAUUUACAAGGUCCACGUGGAGAAGGACUUCAUCGCUUUCUGCUCCUCGACCCCACAUCAUGUGUCUUGGAGAGACGUGAACAAGGGAUCUCUCUUCAUUACACAACUCAUCACGUGCUUCCAAAAGUAUUCAUGGUGCUUUCAUCUGGAGGAAGUAUUUCGGAAGGUACAACAGUCAUUUGAAAAACCAAAUGUUAGAGCCCAGAUGCCCACCAUUGAACGACUAUCCAUGACAAGAUACUUCUAUCUCUUCCCUGGCAAUUGAAAAUAGCAAUCAUGGGCAGUCCAGCCCUUCUUGACCAACUUGGAAAAGUACCUUAGCUAGCACAACACACUCAUUUAAGGUUUGGUAUCUCAAUAAAAAUGAAAACAACUAAACUGUGCCCUGUAAUCCUCCAAAAGAGAAUAUAAUUUCAAUUAAAAUGGUGGCUGGUUGGAAAUGAAGUGUAAGAAGCAAGCUGGAUUUUCCAGCUUAAUGACACUUAUCAUGUCUGCAUGUCACUGGGUGAAGACAGCUGGCCAUGACUUUGGUCCUCAGUACAAGGUGAAAGGAGACAGUGCCCAUCUGGAGACCAACACUGUAAAUUAGCUCCCCAUUUGUACACUCUCAAACCCUGGAUCUAUAUGAUGAUGUAGAACAAAUUUUCUAAUUCAUUACUUAAUCAACAUGAUCUGUUGGGCUCAUUUUUUUUCCUCAGUAAACUAUUAUGAUUUCAGCAAAUUAA